GGAUAUUAAAGGUGUUCAAAUGGUGCGAGUAAAAUGGCGUAGCAUCACUAUUGUUUACUGCAAAGACCCUAAGGUAAAACGGACACUACUCGCGAUAGGCCAGAUUACAAUAGACGAUCAACUUGUGCAAAUAGGAAGCUAUACCAGGGAAGUGUACACGCCCCCUGAGCGAGUGUCUAUUCAUGGGAUACCUCUCCAUUGUCCAAACGAUGAGGUGUCUGAAUGGAUAAGUGAAAGAGUGGAUAUCACCAGCCCCAUACAGUAUGCAUAUAAGGUUGAAGGCAACAUUCGCAUCAACUCAGGUAACAGAUUUCUAUAUGGGCAUGUGAAGGAGGGAGUCAUCUUUCCUCGGUACAACACCUAUUCGACUUCAGACCCGUUUGAUGAGG